AUGCAGCGCCCUGUACCUACUCCAGAGUCGCCUCUCCAACUAUACGUCUUUGGAAGUAAUGGAGAAGGUCAACUGGGAAUACCGGCAGCGGAAAUAGUCAACACCCCAACUCGAAAUCCUAAUCCUACUCCUGAUGGCUGCCCCCUACCUCUCGACGAACUGAAAACGAUCAGAGGUGGCGACAACCAUACGCUACUUCUCACUACAAGCCGUGUCGUCUACGGGGUUGGCGAUAACCGCAAAAGCCAGUUGGGUAAGGCAGAAUCAGCAUCUCGAUUUGACCUUUUCCAACCUUUGAGCCUUGGAUACAGCUUUGCAGCCGCUACGUGCGAGUCUUCGGCUUUCAUUGAGCCCAGACUUGAUGCUUCAGAGAGUUGGGUCAAAAUCCAAGGCUCCAACCAAUGGGGUGAGCUAGGCGAGUGCGACGGAAAUUCAACACGGCUUUUACUUCCAGGAAGAGUGAUUGAUUUCGCAGCGGGGGUUUGGCAUUAUGUCGCCGUUAUGCAAGGUGGUUCAGUCUAUGGUUGGGGAAAGGCGCGUCUCGGCCAGCUUGGGGACGCGCCGUCUGGCAAAGUCACAACGCCUACCAAGAUCGAGGGCAUACCAUUUACACCGAAGAAAGUUGUGUGCGGGAAAGACUUUACAUAUUUAGUUGGCGACCCAGCCGAAGGCCAGCAUCAAUUACUUGGGAAAGACAAGUUUAACAUCAUCUCAAAUAUGCCUAGCCUCGUCAAAAACUGGAAAGACGUUGGAGCCACAUGGCACGCAAUCUUCGUGCUGUUCGACGAUGGAACUCUUACCGCGUGGGGCAAGGAGAACAUGUGGAAACUACUACCGCCCAACUUGCCACUUCUAGAUAAGAUUGCUGUCGGGUCAGACCACAUACUUGCUGUAACGAAGGAAGGCAGAUUGAUAUCAUGGGGUUGGGGUAAGCAUGGAAACUGCGGCGAUCUCUCUAGCAUCGUGACUGAGGUGAAAAAUGACAUGGUCAGCGGUUUCUGGAACGAGAUCCAUAUACCAGGGGAGGUUAAGAUGAUCGGAGCUGGGUUCUGUACCAGCUUCGUGGUUACCAAAUAA